GACCUCUGGAGCAGCAGAGUUUGGAGGAGCGUCUUCAUGUGCGCAACAAUUUUAUCCAUGUAUCUACCCAACCUAGUGUCAACAUGGUCUACAGAGCAUUCUUGCUGCAAAGCCGGGGACCGUAAAGGACUUGAUCGAGGACUUGGUAGAAGGGAUAAGGCUGUGUGCCCGGUGUGAGGAUAGCUGCUGGAAAACGCUGAUGCUUCUCCUGUUGGGGAUGCAGAUCUUUGCAGGACUUCUGCUUGCUGUGUGACACCUCUUGAGUCCUCUUGAAGUGUCAGGAGGGGACACAACUGUCAAGGAUCUCGUCCUUGCCUCUGACAACUCACUUGUGUGUGGAGUCAGACAGGCACAGGAUCCUCUUCUCAACUCCUCACACACUGAACAGGACUACUACAUUUGAUCUUAACAAAACAACAGCUUGAGAUUCAUCCACCGAAAGAGACUGAACAAUUUCUUUCUACCCUCAGUCCUGUCUGUGAUAUCCAUAUGAAAUUGAAGAAGAUCUGUCCUGGACCACUAACUUUUAAUUUCACUUAAGAGCAACAAGGACUAAAAGGCCCUCACACAGAAAAGAAGAGGACAUUUAUGUUGUUUAGGGGACACGGAUAAAGCCUUGCAUAUCUCAGAGAAGCUCUUGUGGCCCCUCAAACAGCCAUGCAGGUGUCCUUUGCAUGCACGGACCACGGGCUGAAAGCCCCACGUAACGGCGAGCACAGCAAGCAGAACGCCACCAGCCCCAACACAGCCAGCCAGGCCCGGGCCCGCUUCCGCACUGUAGCCCUGAUCGCUCGCAGCCUUGGCUCCUUCACUCACCGCUACCACCACAACCUCAAGGAGUCCACAGCCAAGCUCACAGGGAUGAAGUACCGGAACCUGGGGAAAUCUGGGUUGCGUGUCUCCUGUCUGGGUCUCGGCACAUGGGUAACGUUUGGCGGUCAGAUCUCUGAUGAGGUGGCAGAGCAGCUGAUGACCAUUGCCUAUGAGAGCGGGGUCAACCUGUUUGACACUGCAGAAGUCUACUCUGGAGGGAAAGCAGAGAUUAUCCUGGGAAACAUCAUCAAGAAAAAGUGCUGGAGGAGAUCCAGCCUGGUGAUCACAACCAAGUUGUACUGGGGUGGAAAAGCAGAGACAGAGAGAGGCCUCAACAGAAAACACAUCAUUGAAGGUUUAAAGGGCUCCCUCCAGAGGAUGCAACUCGAGUACGUGGAUGUGGUUUUUGCAAACCGGCCAGACACCAACACUCCCAUGGAAGAGAUAGUGAGAGCAAUGACACAUGUGAUCAACCAAGGCAUGUCCAUGUACUGGGGAACAUCCAGAUGGUCUGCCAUGGAGAUAAUGGAAGCAUACUCAGUAGCCAGGCAGUUUAAUCUCAUUCCACCAGUGUGUGAGCAGGCAGAGUAUCACUUCUUCCAGAGGGACAAAGUGGAAACCCAGCUGCCUGAGCUCUACCAUAAAAUAGGCGUGGGUGUGGUUUCUUGGUCCCCCUUGGCCUGUGGAAUCAUCACUGGAAAGUACGAGAAUGGUGUUCCAGAGACUUCUAGAGCCUCAAUGAAGCCAUACCAGUGGUUGAGAGAGAAAAUAAUGAGUGAAGAUGGGAGGAAACAGCAAGCCAAGCUGAAGGAACUGGCUCAUAUCGCGGAGAAGCUUGGAUGUACCUUACCACAGUUAGCCAUAGCCUGGUGCCUGAGAAACGAGGGGGUGAGCUCAGUGCUGCUGGGAUCCUCUAAUCCAACACAGCUGACAGAGAACCUGGGAGCCAUUCAGGUAAUUCCAAAGAUGACAGCAGGCAUCGCUACUGAAGUGGAUCAUAUACUAGGAAACCGUCCUCACAGUAAAAAGGACUACCACCAUUAAAAUGGACUCAUGUUUUAGUGAACUAUGCUCAGACAAGCUCUCAAAGCUCAGUCCUCACAGCCAUGGCAGCAUAAGUGCGUGCCCAACUCUGCUUGUGUGUGCGUAUGACUGUAUGUGUGACUGUGUAAAGUGCUCCGCUUGGCUCCACGUCUGUAUGAAGAUCAACCAGUGCUCAUUAGUGUAGAAUGAGUUACUUGAAAAAACAUGCAUGCUACAGCUAUAGCAGCCAGCCAUUGGACUGAACAACAGUAAGAAAAAAACAUCAAGAUGUAUUUUAUUGAGUUGGAUUAUCUUCUGCUCAAACUAAUAUAGAGAACCUUGAGAAUAGAGUAUAGGGGAAUACUUCAUUGCUAGCUCAGACAGGUUGAAACCUGCAUGGGGCAACACAAGAGGCACUUAUGUCCACAAAGUAUCACUUAAGCUCUAAGCAGUGCAGUACAAACAUGGGGGGAAAUGUGGUGUAUCAAAUCACACUAAAUAUCCUAGAAAUCAAUCUACUAGAUGUUUGUGAUGUAGGAAUAUAAAAACCCAUGACAUCCAAUCAGACCCGGCUUUGGCAGAUUAGCUGGUUUGCGAACAUUUCCCAUACAGCUGGAGCUGAACUGUGAUGAAUUGUUUCAAUACUGGAUGAACUGACUUCUGUUCACAAUGCUGUUGCUAAUACCAAGAGAGCUAAAGUUAAACUCAAAUCUGUUUCAGAACAUCUGUACUGACUGUUAUAUAUUUUCCUUGUUAAGCAGCUAUGUCAGAUUGAGCUAAUCUUCUCCUCCUGUUGUAUUUGAUUUCUUUUUCAUUCAUGUUCAAGUACAGUGUACUUUCCUAUUGUACACCUUCACCCCCUUAUAGUUUAUACUAUACCAGACUGUCAGUUAUUAUUAUGUCUGAUUCAUUUAAUUUUAGUCAGUGUUGUGGCUAAAACCUUCAUGUAGAUCAAGUCCUGCGGGGGAGUUAGUGAAUUUUAAAACAAAGCCAUGUAGCUAAUAAAGAGUCUAGAAAAAAUCCUUCCAUAUGGACCCCUGCAGUCAUUGCACCUGCAACACACUUAGUUCACCCAAUUUGCCCUCGAUGUUAGUUUUGCAUAAUGAGAUUAUCUCUGAGUUCUCUGUUACAAAUGUAUUUUAGUGUUGUUCGUUAGAUUUGUACAUACAAAUAAAGAGCCUAUACUUAUA